AUGAGAAACCCUCCCACCCAGACCGAGUAUCCCUACGAUCUCGGCUCCUUCGGGCGCCAGAUCACCACCAACAGCCCCGAGGCCCAAACCUGGUUCAACCGCGGCCUGACUUGGGCCUACACCUUUAACCAUAAGGAAUCCGCUGCAUGCUUUGAAAAAGCCAUCGCACGCGAUGAGUCCUGCGCCAUGGCAUACUGGGGCCUGGCCUAUGCCACGGGCCCCAACUACAACCAGCCCUGGCACUUUUUCGGCGCCGGGUUGAAGCUCGUUGUUGAGAGUACGUAUCACGCGGCGCGCAAGGCGCAGUCACUCGCGACAAAUGCAAGUGCCAUUGAGCAGGCGCGCAUUGCUGCCAUCCAGGCUCGCUUCCGGAGCGACCAGCUCGCCGAAAUGGAGCAGUAUGCAGCCCAGAAUCAGGCGUAUGCCGAUGCGAUGGGUGCAGCAUAUGAAAAAUUCUCAGACGAUCUUGACGUGGCCACUCUCUACGCCGACGCCCUCAUAAGCCUCACGCCCUGGAAUCUGUGGGACCUAGCUACGGGGAAACCUAAUCCAGGAACUCGCACUCUUGAUGCGAAACGCGUGCUGGAAAGUAACCCGUUGACUAAAUCUACGUGA